AUGUUCUUAAUCAAACAAUCUUUGAAUAAUAGGACUAUAAAAUCAUUAUUGAGAUUAUAUAGUAUUGGUAGAAAAAAUCACUAUGACAUCCUCAAUUUGCGGAAAAACUGUUCGGACAAGGAUAUCAAAGAGGCUUUCAUACAACUAAGCAAAGAGUAUCAUCCAGACAAAAAUAAAGAUGCCAAAGCACAAGAAAAAUUUGUGAAUGUUGUUGAAGCUUACAAUGUAUUGGGCAAGCCUGGCAGUCGUGCUCGCUAUGACAAUAUGAUAGCAAUAGAAACCAAUAACUCCUAUGUAUAUAGAACACAUGUUCCUUACAAUUUACGUAAAAAUCCUCAGUACAGUUACUAUUAUGCAUCUCAAACUCAAACAAACACCGCAAAUAAUGCAAGAAGCUCUUUCUACAAUCGGACAGCAUCGACAACAUCAACAAAAUUACCAAACUACGUUGUAAUAGGUUUUUGUACAGGAGUUGCAUUUAUUGGCGUAAUACUGCAGAUUUAUGUGAUCAGAAAUAUGUAUAUGGCUCAACGCAAACAGGCUCUGGAGAAAUCAAAGAAGCUGGCUGAAGAACUGGAAGCAGUGCGCGCAAACGCUUUAGCCAAUGGAAAUGAGAUGCAAACACGUCUUCUACUGGACAGGAUCGUAACUGCGGCGAACCCAACUGUUGCUACAGCAUCCCUCGGCCAAGCGCUAGUAAACGAAAAAAAAGAUUCUGAAACGUUCCUAAUGGAAAUGGGAGUUCCAGACGAAGCACUAGAAGAGUAUACUCCCAUUUAUGAGAUUAGCGACAGUUUUCAGACUGCAUACAGAAUCAUCAAAAGAAUAUUGUCAAUCCUUUGUUAA